AUCAUUUGCCGCCCGGUUGCCACGUCCCAUACCGUCAAAAGCAAAGCCGGGUUGGGCGGAAUGUGUUCAGUCGCGAAACCCCAGCAAAACUUCCUCGGUUUUGGUUUCAUCUCGGCAAUACCACCAGGCUCAGCACAUCAAGUUCGCUCACCGAGAUCGGUAUUCUGUCCGUUCUUCACGUCGAGGCUCGAAGAUAUGAGGAUAUGAAGGGCUGCCUGUCAUCAAAGGAUUAGAAGACACUGCAAAGCACCAUCAAAGGCUUGACGAACCUGAGAGACGCGCUCACUGUGUCAACUGGGAUCGAGCUUCAUCAGACACCCCGCCGAUCUCCUUGUUAUCAACCUCACCCUACUCACCGCCUUAGCUACUGUAACUAGCACCAUGGGCGCGAAAUCUGUUCCAGUGGAAGCAAUCGAUGCUUCCAAUUCAAAUCCGACGCGACAACAACGAGCAGUGUACAGCUGGCACGAAGCGCGCAAUAGCGACGCCGCUGAUGACAUCUUCUCGACUGAAUGGUUCAAGCGCACCAAAUCAUUUUUGGAGAAGCAUUCCAAUCCAGACUCGCCAGAUGUAAAGCUUGAGGAUCUCAAAAAAGUAGAGGACCUGGAAUUUUCCGCGUUCUUCAUCCAGCAUCCUAUUCCGGCGUUUGCCUUAUGGCAAUUCCUUCAGGCUUGCUACUCCCUGGACCGUGUCGUUUGCAUCAAUCCACUCUCAUACGAGGAUAUCAGACGUGCGGAUGAGACUAAAGUCCAAGGAUGGGAGAAAUUGCUUCCGUUUCAGUACUUGAACGCUUCUUCUUCAAAGGAUGGGAGGAUUCGAAAGAAAUGGAUUGAGUCGAUGGGGCAGCUCAAAAAGGAGAUAGAAAGUAACGCGCUGGAAGGCGAGAGGCUUGUAUCUCGGUUAUAUGAUAUGUAUACGGGCAUCGAUAGACUGCAGUCUUCGCUGUCUGGGUUGCGACUUGGCUUCGGCGAGAGCCAGAAAGAUUUGAAAUUCAAGCGAGAGAUGCUGGACAAAGCUGCGAAUGUUGUCGAGGAAAGGUUGAAGAUAACGUCAACGGUUCUGAAAUUGGAGGGAAACCAGCCGGCCACGCCACGGGCAGAUUGGGGCGCUGAAGAGAAACAUACUCAUACGGAGCAAAACCUCCAGCUCACAGAAGUAUCAAGAUGCCGAAAUGAAACCAACCCUCCUCCUAGUCAAGCUAUGCGGUUACGGAAAUCGAACAGACGUCUAAAGCAGCCACGGGCUGUUAGCCCCAAGAAAGUUGACCCUACAACGAAUCCGUUGCAAGGACAAGGAUCGGUAACGAGAAACCCAAUGCCAUUGAAAGUGAAAUAUCUCAUAACCUCUCUCCUCGCGAUUCUGGCUCUAUUGCUUGUUCUCUCCUUUAUAUAUCAUUAAGAUACUAGUUUCCAAGAAGAGAAUUCUUGCCUAGGUUUAUUCAAAUACGUUUACUUUAUUGUGUUUCUUUAUACCCGGUAAUAUGUACUGUGUCGAUACGAAAGGUUUGACUACGUCCUAACUUUAUAUAUAUUUCGUUGGCGUUUUGGGAUUCUGGGAUUGUAAUUUGGGAUAAUAAUUGAACAACACACACAUUUGGAG